GUAUUCAGCCCUAGUAUUCAACAAGAAAUGCAGCCCUAAAUUGGAAAUUUAAAAUAUGAAAAUAAUAAAUAAAUAAACAUAAUAUGUGCGUAAGACAACCGCUCGUGACUGUGGUGCGUGCUGGACGCCACAGCUAUGCCAGCGGACUGAAGUUGCAGCAAGUGCUGGCAAAGUCCGCACAAAACUUGGACGAUUUCGCUGAAUUUCGCAAUUACAUCGUUGUGCAGGAGCAUGAUCCAGUAUACACCAUAGGUAUUCGAAGCAAGAACUAUACGAGAGACGAUGAGGAUCGGCUGCGACAGCUGGGAGCAGAAUUCCAUCGCACGGAUCGUGGGGGUUUGAUUACGUUUCAUGGGCCUGGCCAGCUGGUCGCCUACCCCAUUCUGCAUCUGCGGCAAUUCAAGCCGAGCAUCCGCUGGUAUGUAGCCGCGCUGGAGCGCACGGUAAUAGAGACAUGUCGGCAGCUGGGUAUUCCAGAUGCUGCGACUACUCAGGACACGGGAAUUUGGGUGGGCGACCACAAGAUAUGUGCCAUUGGCGUGCACGGCUCCCGUUAUGUCACCACACAUGGAAUUGGCUUGAAUUGCUGCACUGAUCUGAAAUGGUUUGAGCACAUCAUCCCAUGUGGCAUCGAGGGCAAAGGUGUAACCUCUCUCAGCCAACAGCUGGGCCGGCAUAUCGGCAUCCCGGAGGCCAGUAAUGCCUUCCUCAGCAGUUUUGCCAACAUUUUCAAGUGUCGUCUGGCGGAGCAGGCAGAUGCAGUGGCGCGGGACACUAAUUAGCUUAUUGUUAUACAAAUAUUAAAGGAAACAAAAUUAAUUUCCAUAAAAG